AUGCUUUUUAUAUUAGUUGCCUUAAUUCAGAUGGCUAAUUCUGAAUGGAUGUUAAUCUACAGUGACUUUUAUUAAUUAUUAAUAAUAAAAUAAGAUAGUUGGAAUUCAUAUAAAACAUGUUCAGAUUAGGAUAGAGAAGAAACACAGACUAAGCAAUGUUUGACAAAUAACUUAGAAUUUAUGAGAUUAUCUGACAGUAAAAGUAGCCUUGAGAAAAAAUUUUAUUACCCUCACUAUUAACUUAGAAUAAUCACAGAUGUUAUUUAUAUUCGAUCAAAAAAUGGUAUAAAUUCUGCUUUUUAAAUUCAAAUAAUUGAUUCACCAGGAUCAAAGCAGUCGAUUUUUGAAAGAUUUUAUGAUUAAAUCUCUUUAUAAGAAUACUUUAAAGUGUGCGAUUAAUAAUGCUCAUACACUUGUACUUUAAAUAAAAAGAGAAUAGAAAUUAAGACUUUUAUUUCUGAUACAAUAAACCAUUUAACUCCUAUCUUUACAAUUUCAUAUUGUAUGUAAUUUGAGGAUAAAGAAAUGCGUAUUGGUUUAAGAAACAUUUUAAUUUAUGCUAAUUCAUGCCAUAUUUCAUGUGCCUCGUGUGACGGAGACACGAAAUUUAACUGUCUUACCUGUUACCAGGGAUCACUUAUAGGAGGUGUUUGCUUAUGCGAUGAAGCUAAUAAAUAUGCUCAUAGGUUGAUUGGUUGUGUAUAAGAAUGCCCCAUAGAUUACUAUAUAGCAGAUAGCUCCAAUUAUUGUUAAUUUGACCCAAGAAUUAAAUCUAUGGUUAAAUAUUUUGCAUUUUCCACGAUUAGUAAUGGAGAUAAAAUACCUUAUGACCCAUGGAUAUAUGAACCAGAUCCAUUUCAUGUUAGUAAUUCAGAUAUGAUAGUUACUUGUUCUGGAAAAGAUUAAGUUGGAAAAUUUACUUAUAGUUCAUCAAUGUAAUUGAAAUUGCCACAAAAUGAAGGUUUAGUCUACUUAAGGAUAAGAGCAUCCUUCCACUUUUUUGGUUGGUAACCAACUUCUGUAUUAAUCAUAACGGUAGAUUAAUAUUCUCAAAUGAGAAUAGAGAAAACUAUGGAUAAUUACACUAUAGUCAAUGGAAAGUUAAAUAUAUUUGAAAGUUUAACUUGUUCAUCUAUGAAUUAUGACUUUUUGAGAAUUGAAACUGUUUUAAAAACAUAUACCAUGGCUCCCGUUAUUAAAUUUUAUGCUAUUUAAAAACUUGAUAGCGAAUUCUGGAGUUUCAAUAAUGUAACUAUUGAUUAAGGAUUAUGUUAAAGUAAUUGUACAAAGUGUGAAACUUUUUCUAAAUGCUUAAUUUGUGAAUUGGGUUUUAAAUUAUUUAGAGGAACGUGUGUUAACGUUUGUCCUAUGCACUCAUAAUUUAACAUUAAUUUUUGCGAAGACUAUGAAGAUCUUAUAGAUAAUAGCAGAUAUUUAAUAAAAGCAUUUUAUGACAUGAACACGACUUUUGAAGAAGUUUCUAAAGUAGUUGAUAAUUUCACCUAUUUAAAUAACACUAUUUAAUCAUCGUUUACAGGAGCUAUUUACUCUUUUGUCCCGGAAAAAUCAGUGUUAGGGGGAGUUUUAGUUUGGAGUAAGGGAAAAUUUUAAAAAACAUUUAUAAAUUUAAAGCCGCAUUAUUAAGUGAGUUUUAGAAUAAAUUUUACAUAUGGAGAUUAUAAUGAUGGUUGGUUUCAAUAUUAAUUGGACUCUCAUUAAUCUGGUUAAAUAUAAAAUCCUAAAAAUGGGGUAAAAAAUUUAGUUGGAGAUUAUGGAUAUGAGACUACUAUUUUUCAUUAACAUCAAUUUACUCAUAACUCAAAUUAAUUAGAUAUAAUAUUAUCGGCUGAUACAUAAAAAACUGAUCUGGAUGAGGCAUUUAUGUACGUUUCAGAAUAUUUUGUCGUAGUUAAUUAUUGUGUACCUUUUUGUUCUUCAUGCACAGGACCGACAAUAUCACAUUGUGAUUUUGGAUCAUAUACUGGAUAUAAUUCAACUCAUUAUUGCAGACCAACCGAAUACGUCAAAUUUGAUAGUAUAACCUAAAGCCACAGUUGUUAAGCUUGUAAUUAAAUAGGGUGUCUAGAAUGUAUAAGUGAAUCAGUUUGUACAAGAUGUGAAUUCUCAGAUAGUUUAUAAUUCUAUUUGGAUUAAGGUGAGUGCAUUUGUUACCCAUCUCAAUAUUUAUCAACCAAUUAAUGUCUAAAAUGCAACCAAUAUUGUGAAAGUUGUUUUGGAUCAGAUUAUGAUUAAUGUUAUUCUUGUAAUCCUGAUUUCCAUAGAUCAAUCAGUAAAUUUAAGUGCCAAUGUUUGGUUGGAUUUUAUGACGAUGGAUAUAAUUUAGAGUGUGUGCCAAUAUGCGGAGAUCAAUUGAUUGUAGAUGGGGAAGAUUGUGAUGAUGGAAAUAGCAAUCCAUUCGACGGGUGUGAUCAAUGUAAAUACAAAUGUUAGGAUGAAUGUUAGAAUUGUCAUCAAGGUAAGUGUUAUUAAUGUAAAGAUGGAUUUACUUAUGAAUAAGAUGUGGAGACUAGAAGAUCUAAGGAGAUGAAUAAUGUGAUGAUGGUAAUAAUAAUGCUUUAGAUGGAUGUCAUAUUUGUAAAUUUGUAUGUGAUGCUCAUUGUACUCAUUGUCAUAAUGGAAAAUGUUUCAAAUGUAAUGAAAUUGAUGGAUGGUAUCUCAACGCUUUCAAUCAUUGUUAAUAAAUUUGUGGAGAUGGAAUUAUAAAUAGAGAUUAUGAGUAAUGUGAUGACAAAAAAUAGCAAUCCAUUUGAUCUCUGUGAUCAUUGUCUUUUGGGAUGUUCUGAACACUGUAUAUUUUGUUAUAAUGGUAUAUGUUUAAGAUGUUAAGUGGGAUUUAGAUAAUCACAUAAAACUAAAUAGUGUUUACCUAUCUGUGGAGAUUCACUGAUAGUAGGUUAUGAAUAAUGUGAAGUUGGGCUUUCAGAAGUUUUUCAUUCUUGUAAUCAAUGCAAGUUUAAUUGUGAUAGUAAUUGUUCGCUGUGUGAAUAUGAUGAAUGUCUCUAAUGUGAAUAUGGGUAUCAAUUAAGAAAUAAUAAAUGUGAAUAAUAGUGUGGAGAUGGUUUAAAAGUAGGCGAUGAAGAAUGUGAAUACAUAGACAUUUAUUAAGAUGUCUCUACAGGUUGUUUAAGUUGCAAAUAAAAUUGUGGAAGUGGAUGUUUAAUUUGUACAAACGGAAUAUGUGAACUUUGUAAAUCAGGAUACUUAAGAGAUCAAUUUAAAUGUAAACCUAUUUGCGGAGAUAUGAUUAUUGUUGAUCCUGAAGAAUGUGAAGAUGCUAAUCUAGAACCAUAUGACGGAUGUCAUAUUUGUAACUAUUCAUGUGAUCCUUAAUGUCUAACAUGUUCAUUUGGUGUAUGUUAUAAAAUGGAAGAACCAACCAUUGUUGAUAUAGAUCCAGUUGAAAUUGCUUGUCCUGAUUUUUGUAUCGAAUGUAAAAUUGGAAAUGUUUGCAUCAUUUGUGAGGAGUAUUUUCAAUUAAGUGAUUCUGUUUGCCUUCCUAUUUGUGGAGAUGGUUUCAUUAUAUCUGGUCUUGAACAGUGUGAAGAUGGAAACGAUACACCAUUUGAUGGUUGUUAUUAAUGUUAAUUUCAAUGUUCAUUAGGUUGCAUUGAAUGUGAGUAAUCCAAUUAAUGUAGAAAAUGUGACAGCAAUUAAUUUUAAUUGGAUAAUUAAACUCAUAAAUGUGUUAUAUAGGAUGUUAUAAAUAAUAUCAAUGAGCUUGAACCUUCACUUUUCUAAUUAAGUGAAGUAAGAUGUUAAAUUAAUUACUUACUAAUUGAUAACGUUUGUAUUAAUUAAUGUGGUAAUGGAGAAUUAAAUACUGAAUUCGAGAUAUGUGAUGAUGGCAACUAUUUGGGAGGUGAUGGAUGCUCUCAAAAUUGUGUAAUUGAAGAUUCUUAUCAAUGUUUAAAUACUCAAGGAUAAUUAAGUUAAUGCACAUUCAUCAAUUCUCCUUAAUUCUUUUUAAAAGUACUCUCAGAAAAAGUAAAUUCAACACAAAUAGUUGAACUCACCUUCUCCUAAUAAGUGAAAUUAGAAGCUGAUUUAACACUAGAAGAUCUAGCAAAGUUUAGUAUUACCCCUUUAACUAAUUAUACCUUGACUAUUUAUUCUAUCUAGAAUCUAUCAACAACCCUUAACUACCCUGUUUAUCAUAUUUAUAUUAUAUUUGAGCAACCAAUAUAGGAUCCUGUAUUUGAAAUUAAAAUAAGUAAAUAAGCCAUCUUGAAUGAGUUUGAUUUAACCUUAUAAAAAUACGAGAUGAAAAUCAACCUUGGAAACCCUUUUAUAUUAUCAGAAGAAACUCAAUAGAAGCUAUAAUCUGUUGUUAAGUUAAAUGAAGCUACUAUGUAUUCCCUGAUAGCCAUUUCAGGUUUAGCCAUUGUUACUGGAAAUUUUGUAAUGUUUUUCAAUCUCUUAGACCUUUUGUAAUCAUUGUCUUACCUAAGAUAUAUGUAAUAUCAAUUUCCACCUCAUUUAAUUGAAUUCUUAAAUACUUACACUAAAGUUUCACUUUAACCAAUUCUAGAUUAAUUACAAAUAAAUGAAUUAUUUAUUAAAUUGAAUGGUGGAACUUUACCUUUUUAAUAGAAAUCUAAUAAAAAUUUGAGCUAAACAAGUUCUUUGAAUUAAUUCUUUCUGAUAAAUGCUAAAAGCUGUUAUUUCUCGGUCAUUACAUCCAUUUUGAUUUUUUUUGCUUGUUGCAUUGCAUCUUCAAAUUAACUAAAUACUUUAUUCUAUAAUUUAUCCAAAAAAUUUGAAUAAAAUGGAAGGAUUCUCAAAAUAAUUAUUUUAUUUUAAUAGAAAGUUUAACUAUCAGCUUUAAAGUUCAAAAAUGAAUAUUUUUCAUUCGGAAUUUUUAAUGUUUAUCAAGCAAUCCUUCAUCAAUUUGUAUUCAGCUCAUUUUUGUAAUUUCCAGAUUAUAACUUUAAUUCUCCCUUUUAAAUAUUCAAUAGUAUUAAUGCCAUAAUUAGCUUAUUGUUUAUUUCCGUUACAAGCUUAUACUUAAUGUCAAUCACAUGUACUCUUAUCAAAGAUAAACAAAAGUGGAAAUAUUUUUUAAAGGAUUCUAAGAUGGAAUUUUGGGCAGCAAAUUGCAAAUCAUUCCUACUUUAUAGAAUCAUUGUCUAUAUUUUUAUAAUAGUGAAGUUUAUUGACUAUCCAUAAGUGCAAUCAUUAUUAUUAUCAAUGCAGUCUUUCUUUUAUUUAAUAUACUUGAUUAAGUUUGCACCUUUGCAAUCACCUUAUGAUUUAAAUAAGUUAAAAUAUAGAGAAUUCUUUUUUAUGCUCAUUACAGGAUCUCUCUUAAUUUACACUUUCGAAUUUAGUAAGGAUUAACAAAUGCUAUUUGGAUGGAUUCAUAUUUCUAUGAUUUCAUUAUUAUUAAUUAUUAAUCUGGUAAUUGAUGUCUCAGAAUCUAUAAAAAAGGCUAGAAUUAAUUAUGCAAGACUAUAACAUUAAAAGAAAUUGCAAGAACUUAAUAAUUAUUAUGACAAUCCUCUUUAAAGACUUGUAUUUCAUUCAUGUAAUACUCCAACUCAAAAAUAAUGA